AUGCUGACCAUCGUGAGCCUCCUCUGGGCGUUCGCCACUGUGUUCGGCAUCGCCCUAGCAUCCCCAACGAACGUUGUCGAGGUCGAUCUCCCCAAGACCGCAAAGCCCGCGGCUCCGAUCAAGACCUACACCUUCACACAAGAGGACAUCGAUGCUUAUGUCGAAAAGAACGGUGGAGCCGGUAUGUUGGGAAUGAACGAACUUACGCUCUCAGACUUGAAUGACCCUCCCGUCUACAACAUCACCUGCCCUGACAAAUGGCAAGUCUACUAUUAUAAUUGGUGGCCUUUACUCAACAAGAUGUGUGGCACAAUUGACAACAUGGGAGGGGGUUGGGCAGACGGGCCAUGGACUGGUGUCUUUGGUGGUAACCAGGGGAGAAUAGACAGAGCUAGAAAAGUCACCUUCGAUUGGGUAGACACGGGUGGAAAUUGUGAAGGAAGCUGCGUGCAAGUCUUUAGCAUUUUGCGCAACGCGGGUCCGUGCCGCGGCGAGGAGUUCUGGAUGAAGGAAAAGAUCAGCAUGAACUACCAAGGCUGCGGAAUAGCAAAGUUCACGUAUCUGUACCAAGAACAACCGGUGCUGGAGCACGGAAGAGGAGAAUGCUGGAAUGCCAAAGACGAACGGCCGACAUACCUACCCACGAACGCAAUUGUCAAAGAUUUCUGCGACAACACCAUCGCGACGAUCAGAGGGAAGGGGGCCGCUCAGUUCGUCAAGGACGUGUAUGAGCUUGGAAAAGACGGACACUACUUCACGAGUUACAACCGCCAGGUUGACGAUCCUAGGAACAGGACCAGGCUGUACGAUGUCGGCAUGAUUCACUUCUGGAUCAAGCCGAAGAAUGAUACCAUUGCUUGUCCUGUGGGCAAAACCGUCCAGUCGAUCGUGGAGGACGAGACGAGCGGACUCACCCCGCAGCUCUGCCAGCAGCGCAUCUUGGCUAUCCAGAAUAUGAACUGCGGAGCUCCUCUGGGUAAGAGCGAGGGAGGACGAUUGUGGGCAGACUGUUUCGAAUGGGGAAUCGAACCAUCUGGUUACAAUGGGAUAGAAAUCAUGGGGUAA